CGCAAAGAAUGUAAGUUAUGCUCCCUUUGUCUCCCUAAGACGCUUGUUCUCUCCCUCCUCCCCCCCCCCUCCCUGCCUCUCCCCCUUCUCCUUUCUUUCUGACUUGCUUUGUUUUAUGGGAGAAUGCAGGGACAGUUCAUGUGCAAAGUCUCUCCCCUCUGCCUAAAGCUUCAACCUACCCUCACCCCAAUUUCAGGAGGGCCCUGGCAUAUUUGGGGUAUGUGUGUAUGUGUGUGUUUACUCUCAAGUAAACACCACCGAUUCAAGCCACUUGGUUCAAGCAAACUCCGCAGGAUUGGCGCCUUAGAGGAGAUGACAUAUAGAAGUAUGCUUCUCUCUGUGUGUGUUUUAUGUGUGAGUGAUCACCCAUCCACGCUGCAAUAAUAAUAAUAAUAAUAAUAAUAAUAAUAAUAAUAAUAAUAAUAAUAAGGGCAAACCCCUCCAUUACUUAGUGGAUGCAUUAUUUUUUUAAAGGCCACUUCUUCACUUCCACUCCAUCCCACCAUCUCCUUCCUGUGUUCAUAUUUCCUCUGACUCUUUCAGAAGGAAAGAAAGACAAGGUUUCUCUGCUGUGUUCAGUGCACACUAUCUACACAUAUACAUUUUUGGAGAGAAUGGGGUGUAAGGGAGAAAAAAAAAAGAAAGCUCUCAUCUUCAGCUUUGGAGAAAUGGGGGGGGGGGGGGGAGGAAGAGAAGCGACCCGACCCUUUUGUAGUCGACACAAAAAAGACAGGAUACAGCAGCUUUGAAAGCAGUCCAUAGGUACACUUCCGCAGCCCAAAAAUGCCAGUUUUACAGCUCUGUUUGUCUCACUGCUGAGGGUGCUGAAUAGGAUGGAACAAAACAGGACCCCAGAACCGGCUAGACGUCUGGCCUUAAUUGUUUUAUGGUUUAAAUAAGGUGGGUGCUCUUCUCUUUGAAACCGGAUUAUUGGAAUGUUUUGUCUACCAGCAACAAACAACAGACGCACAUUGCCCCCCUCCCCAAUUCUCUCUCUCUCUUUUCCCCCUCCACUCCAGGCCAUUGCACACCCCUCCCUCCCCAGAGAGGAAAAGCAGAGAAGGAGAGGGGACAAUCUUUGAAAACACAGGGGGGUGAAAUAGGAAGGAAGCUGGCCAGGAAUGGUGAGAGAAGCUGCUCCAUUUCCCUCGCUAUUUUGUGCCAUUUUAGUGUGUAGGUGCUUUGUUGUCACUGUGAGGAUGAUGCGUGGUGGGUACUACACAGGCAGGAAACAAUGAUUGACGUGUUUCUGCUGGUACACAUGUACACACACAUAUAUAAAUAUUUCUUUCAACAUAUAUGGACUUUGCCUGUGAUCAUCGUAGUGGUAAUAUUCAAGUAAUUUCCACUUUUCUUGACAGAAUUGAUAAAACAAGCAGUAGGAAAGUGCUUGAGGUCCAGUUCGGAUUUGGUUCGGGAAUGAUAAUUUUUUAGAAUUUUUGUUAUUAUUUUUUGAACUCAGAGGUCUGAUUUCUUUGCUUUAGGUAUGUAUGUACACACAUGUAUAGACAUAUAUUGAUAUGGAUACAUACAAAUAAGCUGAUAUUUUCAGAUCUUUUAUUUUUAUUUUUUUUGAGCUCUGAGGUCUUCACCAGAAUUUACCCAUGUACACAUAGAUAGACAUAUAGAUAGAUAUGGAUACAUUCAAAUGCAUAUAUGCAUUCAUAUCUACCCAUCAAUCAUAUCAAUCAACCGAAAUGGUUUGCUGUUCGGUUUGCUGUUCAUCGACUGAAGUAUGAACAGUCCAUUCAAAACACUUGUAUUCGUUUGGCCAUGGUAAAUGUAUAUUUAUACAUAUAUAUGUAUAUGUGUGUAUACAUAAUCGUCUCCUUUUGUUUCUUUCCCCUUUUUAACCGAAUCAGAAUCAUUUGCAGAGGAAAGGGGUGGAAGGAUGUUUUUCAAAAGGGUGGAGAUUCUUGAUGGGCGAUUUUCCCAUUCCCCCCACCUCUCUUUAUUUAACCCCAAGGUUUUAUUUUGAAGGCGGUGCCUUGAGGAAAGCUAACGCGAGAUGGCGCUGUUGCUCAAUCUUAGAAGCCACCAGCUGCUUUCUUGACGUCGCUGGUGUGGUUUUGCACCUCUAGGCCUCUCGCUGGGAAUGCAAAGGAAGCAGACCUCAAAGCUGAAGAAAUACAAGUAUAUCAGCUAUAUGAGAAUAUCAGCUGCGGCUUGAAAAAUCAGGUCCAAUCCGGGGUGGACAAUUGCGAAUCCUGUAUUUUUUAAAAAUGUGGAAAUUAGUUUGCCUCCACCCUUUUUCAUACAAAAUCCAUAGAUGUAAAAAAAAAGAAAAAAAGAAAAGAAAGAUCCAUUGACGGCUAGGAAAACAACCAAACAAUUUGGUAGGGGUUUUUUUUUUUGGCAACACCUCUGCUUUGUGUGUUUUCUUUAUUAAACCUACAAGAACCUUUUAAAAGAAUAUUACUAUAAGAAAAGCGCCAAUGUUUUAAUAGCCGUGAAUAUGGGUGUUUUGGAAGUGGAACAAUGCAGCAUGUUUUAUUUCCAAUCAUAAGAUACAACACAAUCACAAUGUACAACAGCAUCAGUAAUUUCAAAAAUAGAAAAAUACAUCCAGGAGGAAAUAAGCUGCAUUUUUAUCAACCUUGAAACAAAAACAAAAAAAGAACCGCUUUUAUUAAAAUUGAGAAAACAUUAUCUGAUUGUAUUGUAUUAAAUGUUCUCCUUUAAAACUAUCAACUUCUUCCAGUGACGGGUUUCUGGGGGUCCUUCCACACAGCCAUAUAACUCAAAAUAUCAAGACAGAAAAACUCACAAUAUCUGCUUUGAACUGGGUUAUCUGAGUCCACACAGCCAUAUAUCCCAGUACAAAGCAGAUAAUGUGGGAUUUUAUUCAGCUGUGUGCAAGGGGCUCCAGUCUCUUUUCUGUCUCAGAAUAUUAUGCACAACCUAUUGUUUCCCUGAAUUUUUAGUUCUGUUCCCUUUUAAAAAAUAAAUAAAUCAAUAAAAUCAAGAUGUGGGCGAGUUGGGUGGGUAAGGGGAAAUCCACAACUUUCUGCCAACACCGAACUUAUUCAUCUUGCUCCAGAUCAUAUUUUGCAAAGCCUGCAUUUACAGAGCCUGACACCGAAUCUGUGGCAACAGCCGGAAGGUUUAACUGCUGGAAUUUUAAAACUGCAAAGACAUAUCGAUCACGCUCCCUGAGAAAUUAUCCCAUUGACUCUGCAAGUCUUAUCUGCCAAUUAAGCUGGGACUAACCCAUGGGGCUGUUACAUGGGCUGUUUCAGAGCUUGGCUACAGUGUUUUCUUCCAUCACAUUUGGCAAGUGAUCUCCUCUCUGUGUGUAUUUGAGACCACCAGUGUAGCAUUUCAUGUGCAAUUUUCGUACAACACAACACAAAGGGAAAUUAAACAGGUAUUGGCAUCUUUGGGCAAGAAAGGCAAAUAGAAAAUCUCCUCUCGGCGGAUUUCUUACACACUUGGGUUGGAAAAAACGGUUCUGUGCCUUUGUUGAAAAAAAAAUUACAAGCUAGUGACAGACUUAGGUUCUGUGAAAAUGAGACAAGAGGAACGUCAGAAUUAAAGCUGCUUUGCUAACAAAAGGCAGUGAAAAGUGUAAGAAAGUAAAUACGCUGGGAGAUUGGGUCUGAAGGAUGUUUGACUGUUCUGCCCACUUCAUAACAGUUGGGAUUUCCCCAGCCUUGCCUUGUAUAGACACACACCCACACCUGAAAUUAAUUUGCUUGACAUUUUCAGGGGGGGGGGGAUAUUAGAGGAAGAGGAGAAAGAGGGUUGCUGCUGCUGCUGAGUUUAUGAAAGGGCCUUGAGGAGAGUUAAUUUAUAGAAGUGAGUUUGAUUUUUGUCGUUUCUAAGAGCCAUUAUAUACACACACACUCACGCGUCCAGCACACACGCACCCACAACCCAGGAAAUAUUAAUUUGCAAACUUUAGAAAGAGGGAAGGCUUCUGGUUUUAUGCUUCUGUUUAAUGGCCUGAGCUUUUUUUUUUAAUGCAGUCGUAAAAAUGAAGUCUCCCAACUGGAAGCUUUCAGCCAGUGGUCAUUCUGGCGGGGGUGGGGUGUACGUAUGUUUGUGUGGAAAGGCUGCAGAAGAGCUCUUUGCUAGGCUUCACAUACAACAGACAUGCUCCAUGCCUAGGAUAUUGGACAGUUGUCCAGCACUUAGUUGUAGAAAAGAGGCCACGCUACCCGGAAACACUGACUCUCCCUCCCUUUUACAUUGCCCAAUGCUCAGAGAAGACAUUUCCUGAAGAUACCACUCCUUACUUCUCUUCCUUUUCUUCUGGGAUGAGAGGGUUUACCUUUGGGUCCAAAGAAAAUAGAAUAACAUACCACAAUCCUCAUUAUUGUUAGGUAAAUAUAUAUACAUGCAAAAAAUAUUCAUCUCCAGCUGAGGAAAAAUCAUUUGUGUUGUUGUUAUUGUGGUGGUGUUUUCCCCCCACUAAAGCAUUUUACUUCACUCCCGGGCCCUUCCACACAGCCAUAUAACCCAGAAAAUCCCACAAUAUCUGCUAUGAACUGGGUUAUUUGAGUCCACACUGCCAUAUAUUUCAGUUCAAAGCAGAAAAUGUGGAAUUUUAUUCAGCUGUGUGGAAGGGGCCCCAGAAUAUCAAAGUAGAUAAUCUACAAUAUCUGCUUUGAAUUGGGUUAUCUGAGUCCAUACUGCCAUAUAUUCCAGUUCAAAGCAGAAAAUGUGGGAUUUUAUUCAGCUGUGUGGAAGAGGCCCCCCUUCCCCAAAAAUCACAACACACCACAUGAAGAGUAGGGACAAUUCCAUUGCUAAAGGUUGGAGCUGAGUUUGUCACCAGCAUCUGGCCUACUCUCAGGGACUGCUGUUUAAUACCUUACCCUUUCUAGUAAUAAUAAUAAUAAUAAUAAUAAUAAUAAUGACCCGGGGGUGGCAUUUUAUCCCCAUUACCUGUUGAAGUAACCUAAAUUGACCUCUCUGGCGCAUGUAUUUGCUCAGACAAGUGAAGAGGCUCCUUUGCAGAAGGGAGGGGGGAGAGGAACAGCACCUAAGGGUAUUCCUGCGCACCUUUCAUAACCCUGUUUCAUUCACCAGAUAUGAGGGCGGCUCUGUUUUUGUUCCCCUUUUCCUGCUGGAGAAGGGCUGGUUCUUUUUCACCUCCCCGUCACCCCACGAGCCCCCUGAUUUCCUUGUCAUUUUCUUCCUAGCCUGUCUUGUGCUGCCGGUGGAUUGAUGAAUCCAGAUCGCGUGUGAGCCAGAGAGAGAGAGAGAGAGAGAGAGAGGCUCACCACCGGGAUUUUGAGGAAUUUGCCUGUGGUGUUAAAGGGAAGGGAAGAAGUAAGAGAAACUGCGAGAGAACUCUACCUAUCGACGGAUAUAAGAGAAGUCAAGAGCAUUAGGCAUAAGCAGCAGCCAUACCCACUCAGGCACUAUGAAGCGUCUUUGAGGGGGAGAGGGAGAGAGAGAGAGAGAGAGAGAGAGAGAGAGAGAGAGAGAGAGAGGAAGGGAGAGGGGGCAGAGAGAGAGAGAGCAGAGAGAGAGAGAGAGAGCGCCAGCAUUUUUUUAAAACAAAAAACAAAAAAACAACCCACAACCAGCCACUAACCAGGACUUUGCAGAGUCCAGGGAGAGGGAAAAGCGAGGGUCCUUUAGCCCUGAUCUCUUAACAACAGAAUUAAAGACUUCCUUUUCUUUUUUUUCUUUUUUUCCCCCAAGAAGGGCAUUAUUUAUUUAUAUUUGGGGGGAAAGGAGGUUGGCUUUCCCCUCUUUCUUUCUUCCUUCCUUCCUCUCCUCUCCUCUCAUGCGAGAGCCAUGAGUUCCUAUUUUGUCAAUCCGCUCUUCUCCAAGUACAAAGGCGGGGAGUCCUUGGAGCCAACUUACUACGACUGCCGAUUUCCACAAAGUGUAAGCAGAAGCCAUGCUCUCGUGUACGGUCCGGGCACCACGGCUCCCAGCUUCCAACACCCUUCCCACCACGUCCAGGAGUUCUUCCACCACGGCACUUCCAGCAUCUCCAACUCGGGAUACCAGCAAAAUCCAUGCGCCUUGGCGUGCCACGGAGACGCGUCCAAAUUCUAUGGAUACGAAGCCCUACCCAGGCAGUCGCUUUAUGGUGCCCAGCAAGAGGCAACCGUGGUACAAUAUCCUGACUGUAAAUCCUCUUCCAACAGUAACUCUAGCGAGGGACAAGGGCAUUUAAAUCAAAAUUCUUCUCCCAGCCUUAUGUUCCCAUGGAUGAGACCUCACGCUCCCGGAAGGCGCAGUGGCAGGCAGACUUACAGCCGGUAUCAGACCUUGGAGCUAGAGAAGGAAUUCCUCUUCAACCCCUAUUUGACACGGAAGCGGCGCAUUGAGGUCUCUCAUGCCCUGGGACUGACAGAGAGGCAGGUCAAGAUAUGGUUCCAGAACCGGAGGAUGAAAUGGAAGAAAGAAAACAACAAGGAUAAACUCCCCGGAGCCAGGGACGAGGAGAAAACCGAGGAGGAAACCAACGAGGAAGAGGAAAAAGAAGAGGAGGAAAAAGAAGAAAGCAAGGACUGAGGCUCUCCCUCAGCUCCUUGAAGUCCUCGUUUUAUGGCAGAUGAUAAAUCGAGAUGUUUACGACGGUCAUUCGCUUUUAUAGAGUAUAGAAUGGAGAGACUCUCACACAACAGUAACUACCUGUCAAACAGUUGUAUUCUCCCCCCCCCUUUUUUUUUGUUUUUGUUUUUACAAUCAUAGAGCCUCCCCUGGUUUUCCACCAUUCCUUAUAGCUAUUUUUCCUUCCCUCCCCUCCCCCCGCAAAAAAUAAUUUAAUUCUCCUCCCAAAUAAAUAAAAGUAGGACUGGAUUGACUACAACCCAACCUAAAUCCAGCAUGAUCCAUUUUAAUAGCAAUGGAUCUCACCAGCAGCAGCAGCAAGAGUGAAACCCCUCUGCCUUGCUUCCCCCCUUUCCUAUAUUUUAGUUAUGAGCAAAUACAUCCUAUCUUAGAUAUUUAUUUGAAGACCAGGAAGAACUUUCCCUUCUUCUAGGUCUUGUUCUCCACCUCACCCCCAAGUUUAAUAAUAUAAAAGGGAUUGGUGGCUGGGUGGGGAGUGUGCUUUUUGCUUAGAUUUUACUUAUAGCAAAUCUUUUUUUUUUUAAGACAAAUGCCAACCAACAACAAAACUAUCUACCUACCUAUUCUGCCACGCUAAGAUCCAAUUUGGAUUUUUAUUUUGUAGCUGUCAGUCUGUAUCAACCCGAAGGACAAUAUUUUGGGGUGUUUGUGUUUGUGUUGGAGGGGAGAUGGAGGCUUGACAGAUGCCUUGAAGACAGAGCCACAUGCUUCCAAUAUAUAUAUACAUACAUAUAUAUAU